CACAGACGUUGCACCUCCGUUGAGGACCCAAAUCCCAUACUUUUUUUAAUAGUCAAUGGGCAUUCCUCAUUCCUGUGAUAUCAAACUGGAUAUGAUCGGCCCUUCGUCUACAUAGGAACACUGUUCCUUUGAUUGGAACGCUCUUCUUUGCCUCUUCUUCUCCCCAUCAUAUUUGAGAUUCCAAUUCGCGCAGGUCAUCACCACCACUCUCAGGCACUGAGGCUAUACCCAGCAGAAUACAUCGGAGAGUGUGCAGGGUCAACUCAACAUGGCUGGGGUACGAGAAGUUGACAGUAGGGCUCACUACCGCCCCUACACGGUCUUUGUCAUUCUGUUCAUGGCCAUGGGCUCCGUCACCUUUGGCUUCUCAGCCGCGAACAUCGGUAUCACUCUCGGCCAGCCGUCCUACAUCAAAUACAUGGGGCUCGCCACGGCGAAGAAUGCUAGCGCCCUGAUCGGCGGCAUGAACGGCGCCUUCUACGGUGGUGGCUUUUUCGGCUCCUGCUUCCAUGGCUGGGUUGCCAAUAAAUAUGGCCGCAAGUGGUCCAUCGCUAUCGGCUGUAUGUUUGUGCUCGUCUCAGGGGGCAUUUUGACUGGAUCCGCAAAUGUGGCCAUGUUUAUCGCAUUUCGAUUCUUCAACGGAUGGGGGUGCUUCCAGCUACUGGCAGGCGUUCCUCUGUGGAUCACCGAAGUUGUCCCUCCCAAGGCUCGCGGCAUGCUCGCAGACAUCCACGCCGUUGGAUUGAACACCGGCUACACUGUCUCCGCCUAUGCUGGCGUCGGCUUCUUUUAUACCCAUUCGGCUUCGGCAUGGCGGCCACCGAUCGCCUUACAAAUGGUGCCACCCUUGAUCGUGCUCAGCGGCAUUUACUGGAUUCCCGAAUCCCCACGGUGGCUGCUGACCAGGGGCCGAGAUCAGGAGGCGUGGACCAUCGUGCGUCGGCUACACGUCAGCCUCAAGGAUAAAGACGACAGCUUUGCCCAGGCGGAGUUCCGACAGAUGAAGGCUCAGAUCGAAUUCGAAUCUACCCUCGAGAGUGGUUAUCUUCACAUCUGGAAGCGCCCUUCAUACCGAAAGCGAGCCUUCAUGACGGUGUAUUUGACCUUCUCCAUGUUUACGACUGGCAUCUUGGUGGUGAACACAUAUGGUGCUACCAUCUAUAAAAGCUUGGGGUACGACGACGCAAUUGGUUUACAAUUCCAAGCAGGAUAUGUAUUGUGCUGUCUGGUAUUCAACAUCAUCGCCAUGACAUUUGUCGAUCGGGUCCCGAGAAAUAAGCUGAUUUCGUUCGGUUUCUUCUGCGUCAUGACCUGUCUCAUCGUCGAAACGGCCCUCCAAAAAUACUACAUUGGCACCACGGACAAGGCCGGCCUGAUUGGCGCAGUGGUAGUCAUCUUCGCCUUUGCCACAUCUUUCUCCCUUUUCAUGGAUGGACCCUGUUACUUCUACAUCGCCGAGAUCUGGCCCACUCACCUACGAGCCUAUGGAUACACGCUGGGCAUCGGGGCGUUGGCGGUCACGAACAUCAUCUGGCUAGAGGCCGCGCCGACGGCCUUCGCGAACAUUGGGUGGCGAUACUACAUCUUCUUCAUCAUUUUCUGCGCCAUUGCGUGCGUCACAUCAUUCUUGGUUUUCCCAGACACGUUGCACAAGCCCCUGGAAGAGAUCGCAGCCAUGUUCGGUGAUGACGAUCUCGUCAUGUUGUACCAGCGCGACCUCGUGGCGGCAGGCAGCGACAGCGGCACCUCCGAGAAGCACAAUGAGAACGAACCUGAGAAUGUUGACCUGGGAGCGAUUCCCAAGCCUCCAACCCAAAUUCACGCGACUAGUAAGCAUGUCGAGGAGGUUUGAAGACCCUGGGGAAGGAGACACUUGCUGAGAUUGUGGUACAGGACACAUUGAAGGGGAUGCUGCUGUCUGAAAAGGUCGGGGAACAACUAUUUCCCAUGCAUCGAUUAUGUCCCUCAGUGCUGUUGAGUGGAGAAUGAGAGUAGUAGUUCCUUUAGAACAUGGCUAUCUCCUGACAGUUCGCAAGCCAGUUCAACCUCGCUGUCAGAGUCGUGGAUCGAUAUCUUGAUCAAUAUACUUUGUGCUCUAUACAUUAUCUUUGAUAGGCAUUCGGAAUUGAUCGUUCCAGUCACAGCCUUUGUUACCGAUCCAGCUAGUCUAGCCCGCAUUCGUCGUUUGUGUCACCCUCCUGCUCUGCAUCAAGACGUUUCCGAUCAUUAUGCUGGUUGUGGGGAAAAUGGAUGAAUCGUGGGUGAUGUAUGAUGUAUGACGCGGCGGUGGC